UUAUCUAGGUGAUGUCCGUUUAUUUGCUGGCCUUAGGGCCUGUGUCCACCAAAAGCGUUUUUAAAAGACGGAGCGCUCCGUGCACUGCUUUCAACGCGUUUGUGCGCGCCGCUCAAAAAAGACGCACGAAGCGUUUUUCGUUUACGUCAUUAAAUACGCGUCAUCGCUUGUAUCCAUAGAUACACAGCUUCUAUCUGUUGGCUCCAUCAUAUGGCAUCUGACACCUGAACGUCCAUUAGUUACUCCUACAAUUUGCGAAAUGAAUCCGAGAGUGAUAGCGCUUCUUGCCGUGGCAGUGGAGGUUGCGGACCAUCCCCCUGCGCCUGUCGUGGUUGCCCGGAGGAGAGUGUGGGUCCACAGUAUAAAUCGUGGCAGGGGGCAGUACGGGGAAUAUCACCGGCUGUGCCAAGAGCUCCGCCUGGACGAGGAUCGCUUCAAGGUCUAUUUUAGACUCAACCGGCAGCAGUUUCAAGGAGUGUUAACGUUUAUUGGGCCGACCAUCGCCAAGAUGAACACCAAUUAUAGGGAGAGCAUCAGUCCCGCCCAACGGCUUUGCAUUUGUCUGAGGUACCUGUCAACUGGAGACUCCUACAGGUCCAUAGCCUUCAGCUACAGGGUGGGGUUCUGCACUGUGGCGAGGAUCGUGAAGAGUGUGUGUGAGGCCAUAUGGCAGUGUAUGGUAUCCACAUACAUGCCUGUGCCAGGGGCAGAGGACUGGAGGAAGAUAGCUGGGGACUACGAGAAGCUGGCGGACUUCCCCAACUGCCUCGGUGCCAUAGACGGCAAACAUGUGGUUAUACAGGCCCCACCGUCUACUGGCAGCCAGUAUUUUAAUUAUAAGGGGGCAUUCUCCAUCGUCCUUCUGGCGGUGGUGGAUGCCCGCUAUCGCUUCAGGGUCGUGGAUGUGGGGGCCUACGGCAGGAGCAGUGAUGGAGGCACGCUCUCGUCUUCGGCCUUUGGCACUGCUCUGCGGCUGGGGAACCUGGACCUUCCACCUGAUCGACCCCUACCUGGAGCAGACCAUCUGGGACCCCAGCCGCAUGUAUUCAUUGGGGAUGAGGCUUUUCCUCUGCGGAGGAACCUCCUGCGGCCCUACCCUGGCCAAAACCUGGGGGGAGAGCGGAGGAUUUUCAAUUUCCGGCUGUCCCAUGCCCGGAGGAUUGUGGAGUGCGCCUUUGGCAUCCUCGCCAACCAGUGGAGGCUCUACAGGAGGGUUCUCGGCGUGUCUCCAGAGGUGGCAGAGAGCGCCGUGAAAGCCACCUGUAUCCUCCACAACUACAUGCGUUGGGAUGGUGAGGGAGAGGAUGGCCCUCGCACUCCAACUGUGCCAUCACAGGGUGCAGUGCAGAGCAUCCCCAGGGUCGGCAGCAACAACGCCUCCAGGGAAGCGGUCGCAGUGAGGGAGACCUUCAACUGCUAUUUUUCAUCUCUGCCUGGUCAAGUGACAUGGCAGGAUGGAAUUUAGUUUAUCAUUUUGUAUAUAUAAUGAUAUAUUUUUUAUCAUUUUGUAUAUAUUUAAAUCAAAAAAGGCGAAAAACCAAAACUAAUAAUAAAAUUUCUUAAAUCACUCUAACAUUCAUGUUGUAUGCUGGAUUACUUCUGAAGACAAAAACACACCUUUAACACCUUCAUCAUCAUCAGAGCAUUCAUUAUGUAUCUACUACCUAAUGUAAUGAAAACAAAACAACAUUGUCUUAGCAUUAAAAUGUUUAAUUAACUGAUUCAUUAGAAAAUGAUUCCA